CGAACUUAUCAGUCUUCCAAGCGUUGGCCGAGGGCUCUUCGGAGAAGGCUUCAGCGCCGUGGGCUCCCUGCUAGCCCGGCCUCCCUCUGCCUCCGCGGGGCGGGCGGGCGGCUGGGAAGCGGCAGCCAGCGGAGCAAAUGGACCGGCGCGGUAAUCCCGCCCUCCGCGCCCAGAGGGGUGGAGCCUGAGCGAGGAAUCCGCGAGCAGUCCUCUCUCCCCGGAUGACUAGCAGCAGGAUAACAUGGAGUCGGGCAAGAUGGCGCCUCCCAAGAACGCUCCGAGAGAUGCCUUGGUGAUGGCACAGAUCCUGAAGGAUAUGGGAAUUACGGAGUACGAACCAAGGGUUAUAAAUCAAAUGUUGGAAUUUGCUUUCCGAUAUGUGACUUCAAUUCUGGAUGAUGCAAAAAUUUAUUCAAGCCAUGCUAAGAAACCUAAUGUUGAUGCAGAUGAUGUGAGACUGGCAAUCCAGUGUCGGGCUGACCAGUCUUUUACCUCUCCUCCCCCGAGAGAUUUUUUACUGGAUAUUGCAAGGCAGAAAAAUCAAACCCCUUUACCACUGAUUAAGCCAUAUGCAGGACCCAGACUGCCACCUGACAGAUAUUGCUUAACAGCUCCAAACUAUAGGCUAAAGUCCUUAAUUAAAAAGGGACCUAACCAAGGAAGACUAGUUCCACGGUUAAGUGUUGGUGCUGUUAGUAGCAGACCUACCACUCCUACUAUAGUUCCUGCAACAACUGCAGUUCAAAAUGUUCUGCUUAAUCCUUCAAUGAUUGGGCCCAAAAAUAUUCUUAUUACCACCAACAUGGUUUCAUCACAGAACACGGCCAAUGAAUCAAACCCAUUGAAGAGAAAACAUGAAGAUGAUGACAAUGAUACUAUGUAAGGAAUAUAGUGUAGUCUCUAUGCAUUUCAAACGUGUAGUUGGUUUUGAGCCCAGUAUACCAAACUAGAACAUUCUUGAUCGAAAACUUAAAUGUAGCUGCAAUAUCUUUCACCUUAAAGUGUUAUGUUUAUUUCUUAAGGGUACCAAUGUUUUUUCAUUAGGCUUCAAGUAUAAAAAGUUAAGUGCUUGUUUAUUAAUGGUUUCAUUAAUGUUGAGUCCUGCUAUGGUAAUUCUAUUUUUGGAAGCAGUUUUCUGCAAUGUAUCUGACAGCAACACUUAAGUUUCACUUUCUACAGCCUGAUCAGUAGACUAAUCUUUAACAGCAUAAUUUCUAAUCUAUAUUUAAAUACUUCUUUUGUACGAUAAAAUAGUCACUUUUAUUGUCACCAACUUUUUUGACCAGAUCUCUCAAUUUAGUAAAUAUUGUUGGAGAGGUUGGAUUUAGAGGGAUUCUAAAUCCAUUUUGAAUAUAUUUAAGCUGUUUCUUGAUGUUCCCUAACCUCCCACCUCAGCCCCGUUUCUAGAUCCCAUUCAUUUUCUGCACCACCUCCUCCCCACAGGCUUACGUUUCUCCCUAUUGCUCUUAAAUUUAAAAGGCCCAAACUGGAACUUUAGGAAUAUAAUUCCUGAUAAUACAGCUCAGUGUCAUUUUCAUAUUUUUAAAACCUGCUUUACAUGCCUGAUGGUCUAUGGUUCACUUUAACCAGAAGGUUUGCAUUUGCUGUUUUUCUCUCCAUACCAGAGCAGUUGGGUUUUAUCCCUUACCUUUUAUGCCCAUUGAGCAUUACUCUGCUUUUGACAGGUAGUUUAGGGUCAGUUACAUUCAGUUUCAGUCAUAUUCCAAGUUGAUAACUCCACCGUAUUUCACAAUUUGAAAUUUAACAUGAAAGAUGCUAUAGCUUAAAAUCUGCCUUGAUAAGUAUACUUACACUGGACCUAGGCAAAACCACUGAAGAGCAAGUGUUUUCUUCCUUUCUACCAUACAUAUAUAUGCUUUGAUCACUACUGCUUGAACCCCCCAUUGGUAUAAUUCAGAUUUUUCCAGCUUAUUGCUGAGGAUGUCACACAUAAGAUGGGAUCAAACCUGAAAGUUUUCUAAUGGUUUUCCUUCCUCUAGAAGGCCAACACAAACAAAUUAGUGUGAUGUGACUUGCGUUUAGGUGCAUUCUGCAUAGGCUUCCCAGUAAUGUUGCUAAACACCUUUCCCUGUUCCAUUUAUACACAUCUAAACAUCCUAUUGAGAAAGACUGCAAAGCUUUCAAAAAUAUAAACAGGCUUGUGUUGUUUUUGUUUAAGUAAGUUUGACAUAUUCAACAUAGGAAUACUUUUGCAGAAUUUCUAAAACAAAUUUUUAUAUCAUAAUUUAGAACUUAUAGCCAAGGAUCCUCAAAACUUAAAACACAAGUAAGUUUCAUCUUAGGAUGGUGCUUGGUACAUCAAAGAGAAAUAGUCCAGUAACAGGGAAGAAAUAUCUCAUCAAAUCUGUGAUUCAGUGUUUUUGGAUAUUAGGAAAAGGUGAUACCAGACUUAUAAAAAUAGAUCUGAUCAUCAUAGGAGAGAAAUGUUCAUUAUAUAGCAUAGGAUGCCAUUACUUGAAUGUUCUCAGGGAGGCAUGUCAGAAAGCCUAGGUUCUAGUCCUGGCUCCAUCGCUAACCAACUGUGUGACCUUACUUCACCCAUGAGCCUUGUUCUCCUCACUAGUAAUAGGAAAAUAACACCAACCCUGCCUACCUCACAGGGAUGUUGUGAGGGUUUAAUUGGUAUUUGUGAAAGUGCUUUCAAAAUUGUAAAAAUGCUAUAUGACUCUAAGGAAUUGUUAACGUAUUUGUUCCAAGAUUAUUAAUAAACAAUUGAACUUACUGUAUUUCUCACUUUUGAUUUAAGGGAUUCAAAGAGGAUGAACAAGGCCCAGUAAUUCUGAGGUCCAAAAAGCAAGAUUUGCUUAAUGGAUGAUUAUAAAUCAGGGAAUUGCUUGCUUUUAUUUGGAAUCAGCAUGUGACUCAUCAUAAUGAAGCAAAAUAAAUAUGAAAGGUUAUGGGUUUAAAUCUGUUAACAUAACAUGCUCUGUCUUUAGUGGGAAUUUAUACAUAUAAUUGAGGUUGCAAUCUGAGUGUUCAUUCUCUUAGCCAGCCAGUGGGUGGUUUGCCCUUUCCGAUGAAGACUGCUUUAUCUUGCAGAUCUCCCUUUCCUAAUUACAUCCACCCAUUCUAGCAUCAAGAAUGACUUAAGGGACUUCCCUGGUGGUGUAGUGGCUAAGAAUCUGCCUAUCAAUGCAGGGGACAUGGGUUC